AUGCCAGGACCUUCCAGACCUCUGUGGCAAGUAGCCGGUAAGCGCGACCCGGUGCAAGAACAAGAGGCCCAAGCUUGGAUAGAGGCCGUCACCGGCAUCAGAUUCCCCCCGGGAGUCCCCUACGAAGAGGUCCUCCGCGACGGCAUCGUCCUCUGUACUCUCAUGAACCGCCUGGCCCCGGGCAUCAUCCAGAAAAUCAACACCUCCGGCGGCGAUUACAAAAUGAUGGACAAUUUGAGCCAGUUCCAGAAGGCGUGCACCAAGUACGGCGUGCCCGACGUGGACCUGUUCCAGACGACGGACCUGUGGGACAGGAAGAACAUCGCGCUGGUGACGACGACGAUCUUCGCGCUGGGGCGCACCUGCUACAAGCACCCCGAGUGGCGGGGGCCCUUCCUGGGGCCCAAGCCGUCCGAGGAGAACCGGCGGGAGUUCAGCGAGCAGACGCUCCGCGCCGGCGAGGCCAUCAUCGGGCUGCAGGCUGGUCAGAAUAGAGGGGCCACGCAGGCCGGCCAGAACUUCGGGGCUUCCCGGAAGAUUAUUUUGGGGAAGUGA